UACUAAUCGUUAUGAAUGUUUACUUAUAAUUAGUUAAAAAUUAGUUUAUUUUACGUUUUACGUUUAUCUCAAAAGAAAAACGUAUUAUUAAAUAAUGUCUGAGAGUAUACAAGGAAGUAGCUGUUCGUUUAUUUUUAAAAAACGUAAUAUAAAGAAUAAAUCUGCUAGAAAACGAGAACAUUCUAAUUCUGAAGCAACUAGUGAAGAAGAACAAACAGUAAUCAAACAAAAUAAACGUAGAAGUAAAUCGAACCCAAACAUUCAGAGUAGUAGUAAAGGGCACGGGAAAGAUGCAUCUGUAGUUCAGAAUGGGUCUUCAUCUAGUGACGAAGAUUUUGGAGUAAAUUAUAAGUCCAAUAAAUCGGCUAUGCCUGCAGGCCCUACGGAUCAAGGGGCCACUGCUACUGUUGAAAUUGACACUGAAAUAGAUCGGGAUGCACAAGCUCUUUUUGAAAAGAGGUUAGAAGUUAACAAGGAACUUGAAGGAAAAGAAGACGACAAAGUCUACAGAGGCCUUAAUAACUAUGCUCAAUACUAUAAACCUAAAGAUACAGCGGCAGGGAAUGCUAGUUCAGGAUUGGUAAGAAAGGGACCAAUUCGUGCACCUGCUAACUUAAGAGCCACUGUUAGAUGGGAUUAUCAACCAGAUAUAUGCAAGGAUUACAAAGAGACGGGUUUCUGUGGAUUCGGCGAUAGCUGUAAAUUUUUACAUGACAGGAGCGAUUACAAACAUGGUUGGCAGUUGGAAAGAGAGUGGAACGAAGGAAAAUAUGGUGAGGAGAGUGACGAUGAGUCAAAAUAUGAGAUACAUUCAGACGAAGAAGAAUUGCCUUUUAAAUGCGUAAUAUGCAGGAAUAGUUUUGUCGAUCCUGUUGUAUCUAAGUGUAAACACUAUUUUUGUGAAAAGUGUGCAUUAGAAAGAUAUAAGAAGACUACAAGAUGUUUCGUUUGUAAUAAACCAAUUACUGUUUUUAAUCCAGCAAAUAAUUUGAUAGCCAAGCUGAAAAAUGUGGAUGAAGGCGCCCAAAAAGCAGAAUCUGAUGAUUCUUCGGAUUGAUGCAUUGUAUGUACAGUGGCAAUCUCGAAAACCAGGAGUUAUCAGGGAAUAUCAUAGUUCUACAAUAUCGGAGAUAUUCUGCAAUCUUCACAUAAUUUUUUUUAGUUGUCACGUUGUGGAAAAGUAAAUUUAUAUCGAAAUAAAUGUAAAAAAAAUUGAAGAGUAAUUUUUCCAAU